GACGUUACGCUGCCGUGAGACCAUGGCUGGAGUUUUAAAGUACGGUGAAUUGGUGAGAAGACUAGUUAAAUAAAUGAUAAGUGUUUUCGGACAUCUGAUUUGGUAGAUAUCUGAGGUGGUUGUGUUUACGUCUGUCGAUCAUUUCCAUCCCCAAAUAACUCACUUCCUCUUCAUUUUGCAGCACGCCUGCUCUGGUCCUGCUGUUAUGUCGGCUAAUGCUAACCUAGCUAGCUAAUGUCAAGCUAUGCACUUGCCAUAUCAGGAGUAUUUUUGUAAAUUAUUUCCGCUUGAUGGGAAUGUAAGAAACGGCUUGCGAUUUAAAAAAAAAAUCUGACUUCUCUCGUUACGCAGGACAAAAUAUAGGGUUUAGACGUUUGCUAGGAAUUUAUCUCGUACAUGUGCUUUCACGGCGUGACAUUGCAUGCCUUUGGUUAGCACGUUAGUGGCCUGCUGUUGACUCACGUUACACGGCGAUCAGGAAGCUCACAGCAAGGGAGAUCGCACCUUAAAUGCUGAAAUACAACAUCUGAUAGCUGCUGCCUGCAGAGAAGGGCCACUUUCAGAUCAUAGCUAGCGUUGGCGUUGCUCAGCACACGUGGACUAACAUGUUCCAGUCCGUUCAUCCGUUCCUGAGUGCCCGCACCAUUCGUCUGCGGUGCUCGACUGCUUUCAGUGAGUGCAAAGCACCCAGUAAAUCAGGCACCGUGGCCUGGCUGGGUCGGCGCGUGGGACUGGUACUCACGUGGCUUCAAAAAACAGGGGAAGGCACGCGUGAACUUGGUUGUGUUAAAAAGAAGAAGAAGGAAGGGCUGAUGUCCAUCUUGGUCAACCACUGUAGUUUUGUCACAGGACAGAGAUUACGACGAGCGUUUCAGAUUGCCGAACUGUACUCAAACCUGUACUCCGAGAGGACUAGGUGGACGUUGGUUGGCAGUAUAUGGCGCAGGCUGCAGAGCAAGCAUGCUCCUGCAGGAAAACUGGCAGCUGCACUGGCUGGAGUCUUCAUGUGGGAAGACGAGAAGAUAAGAGAUGACGAAAUGGGAAGGUGUGUAAAGGAGCUGCAGGCACUGGAUGCCGCGCGACCGCUGGCUGCUACCGCUGCACGAGGGAGUAGGCAGACAGAUGCUGGCUGGGAGGUCGUCAUGGAGGAGAAAUCAUUCAGAGUUUGGAGGAGACCCAUUGAAGGAAGCCACCUCUUUGAGUACAGAGUAUUUGGUUCAUACACUGACAUUACCCCCAGACAGUUCUUCAAUGUCCAGCUGGACACCGAGUACAGGAAGAAGUGGGACGCUCUGGUCAUCAAACUGGAGGUGGUGGACAGGGACCAAAGCACGGGCUCCGAGAUCAUCCACUGGGCCACACAUUUCCCUUAUCCCAUGUACUCCAGAGACUACGUGUAUGUGCGCCGCUAUGAUGUGGACCCAAUGAACAAAUUGAUGAUCCUCGUGUCCAGAGCGGUGGAACACCCCAGCGUGCCCGAGACAAAGGAGUUUGUUCGUGUUCACUCAUAUCGCUCCAGAAUGGUCAUCCGUCCCCACAAGUCCUUUGAUGAGAAUGGGUUUGACUACUUGCUGACCUAUAGUGAUGACCCCCAGACAGUCUUCCCCCGCUACUGCCUGAGCUGGAUGGUGUCCAGUGGCAUGCCCAAUUUCCUGGAGAAGCUCCACACCGCUGCCCUCAGAGCUAAGAACAUGGAGGUCCACAUUCACGACUAUGUCGGUGUUCCAAAGCUGGCACAGCAGGUUCCCCCUGAGCGGCUAGAGGACGACGUGCAUGCUGCGGGCUCCACCCGCAUCUACGCUUGAGCCUGGCGUUGUGCGGGCUCCACCCGCACCUACGCU